UCCUCGCCGUGGAACCCUCGCCCGUUGCCAUGGCGACUGCAUCCACAGGAGGCAUGGCGACAUCUAAUCUCUACGAUUACGGUUCUUCCAAGGCAUCAGACAGGGGCAACGGCUCCUUUUACACCUCCCUGAUUUCUGAUGACCUCUAUACCUCGCCUCAGGACUCGUCCUACUUCACCGGAAUUCAGCCGAAAGAGGGUGGCCACGUUACAACUUCAGACAGCACCGAAGGGUUUCACAUCCAGGACGGGACCAUCUUUGAGUCCCGCGGCUUGUUCACCUCUGAUUCGGGAAUAGAGAUGACCCCAGCAGAAUCCACCGAUGUCAACAAAACUUUUGCCGAUCCCGUGGAGCAAAUGAAAUCGGAAGCUUAUAAGUACAUGGAUAUCAGCAGAUCGGAAGAGAUCAAGUUUCAAGAGCGGUGUGACACAGGCUUGGGAGAUGAGGGCCCACCCCGUUGGAGUCGUAAGUGUGAGGAGGAUACUGACCCCAAAGGGACAGCUUCUGAGGAAAAACACGUGGCCAAAGAGCCAGGCUUAUUUGAGGGAUCCAUGUUCCCGUCAGAGACAUUUGGUGACCAUCAAUACCACUCCUCAGUAGAAGCCCCGGUCAGAAUUACUUUUACUGAGAUCGAAAACGUGGUAGGGGAGCCCGCCGCCAAGGAGAAGAUGGCAGAAAAAGGAGAACCAGGCCUCAAACCAAGCCACGAAGUCGUCCCAACAGUGACUGUGUCUGAGCCGGAAGAUGACAGCCCAGGUUCUAUUACACCACCUUCAUCAGGGACAGAACCUUCCGGCUCAGAGUCCCAAGGGAAAGGAAGCCUGUCUGAGGAAGAACUCGUCAACGCCAUUAAAGAAGCAAAGGGCUUUUCCCACGAACGCCCCGACGGCCAACGAUCGUCCAGGGCCGUGCCGGAAAAACAAACCCCCCCAAGCAAGUCGAGUCUUCCUGCCGGUAGACCUCCCGUGGACAACGAGGCGAGCAGUGCCGAGUCCGGUGAUUCGGAAAUAGAGCUGGUCUCGGAAGACCCCUUAGCUGCCGAAGAGGUUCUCCACUCUAGCUACAUGACCUUCAGCCACAGCAGCGGCCCGCCGCCUUCUCCGGCCUCCCCUUCCAUUCAGUACAGCAUCCUGAGGGAAGAGCGAGAGGCCGAGCUGGACAGCGAGCUCAUCAUCGAGUCGUGCGACGCUUCUUCGGCCUCUGAGGAGAGCCCCAAGCGGGAGCAUGACUCCCCCUUGAUGAAGCCGGUCAUUAUGGACAUCAUCCAGGAGGAGAACAACUCCCGAAACGAAAGCCGGGUGGCUUCGAACUACCGUGUAAAUAGCUCCAAGGAGAGCCGGAUGAACCGGGAGAACCUUGCCGACUCGGCCUCCUACCUGAAGUGUUCCUUCGCCUCACCGAAAGCAAACGUUGAGCUGUCUUCCUCCUCUCCCUCCACCGUCGCUGAAGGGACAAAGGACAAAGCCGCGCAGAAGAAGGCGGCCGACGGGGCGGCGGCUGCAGCCACGAGUCAGCUGCCUUCUAAGAGUUCGGUGGCAAGAAGUCCCUGGCCUUCGCCGCCGUUUCUAAAUAAGCAAAAAGCUAUCGACCUGCUGUACUGGCGCGACCUCAAGCAGACGGGCAUCGUCUUCGGGAGCGUCCUGUUGCUUCUCUUCUCCCUGACCCAGUUCAGCGUCGUCAGCGUGAUCGCCUACCUGGCGCUGGCAGCUCUCUCGGCCACCAUCAGCUUCAGAAUCUACAAGUCGGUCCUGCAGGCUGUGCAGAAGACUGAUGAAGGCCACCCAUUCAAGAACUACUUGGAGAUGGAAAUGUCUCUCUCCCCGGAACAGAUUCAGAAAUACACAGAUUGCCUCCAGUUGUACGUCAAUAACACUGUCAAAGAGCUCCGGAGGCUGUUCCUCGUUCAGGAUCUGGUGGAUUCCUUAAAGUUUGCAGUGCUAAUGUGGCUGUUGACUUACGUGGGAGCACUCUUCAACGGCCUGACUCUUCUGAUACUGGCUGUGGUAUCGAUGUUUACUCUACCUGUCGUAUAUGACAAGUAUCAGGCACAGAUUGACCAGUACUUGGGGCUUGCGAGGACCCACAUAAAUACCGUUGUGGCAAAGAUCCAAGCAAAAAUUCCAGGUGCCAAGAGGAAGGCUGAGUAGAGGCGUCACUGAAGAUUCAUCAGCUUGCAAGAGUGAACGAUGAGAGAGUCUGGGACGAAAAUCGCUCUGUUCUUACUUUUUAACCGGAUAAUUUAUUGUUCCUUUCUCUCUCGCUCUCUCGCUAUCACUGGGUGAAGACAGAUGUGGUAAACGAGCAUGCCCUUUAGCCACAGGGAUCAGCCCGGCUUCUUCUUGGCAACGCAGCUGAAAAGAUUGAAGUACAUGCCCACGAUCCAUCCAUCCACGGGCCCAGUUUAUCGCUUGCCCUUCUCCGAUGCUACGAAAAGGCCAUCCGUAAAAGGGCUGUGUGAACAUUCAUGCGGUUCUCUGGACGUUUUUCACCUUAUCGUUAAUUUUAAGUACCAAAUUGCCCCAGGAAUUGAGGGGGGGGAAAGGUUUCUCGGUGUCAUCAACAGGCACUGGCCAAUCAGUGCUGUGCGCCCAGCAGUGAUUUUUGCUUCAAACUUCCAGAACUGUCAGGACAAGGUACUUUUGGAUUGUGCCAUAGCGAGGGUGCUUCUAAAACAUUCCCCCCACGAUAUUACAUCUGUCUACACCCAUUUUCGCCUCUCUCUCUCUCUCUCUUUCUCUCUCUCAAAACGCCACAGUCUCGGGAGAUGUGAAACAGUGAAGCAGCCGUCUGUCUUUCCUCUUCCGCUGUUUCUGUUACUCUCUAGACUUCUUCUGCAAUCACGUGUGUCAGGCACUAAAGUAUAGUAAAGAGAAAAAAAAAGUAUUCUAGGUGUGGUUCUUGUGUUGCUUCUUAAGUGCAUGACGGUGAGAGCCUAAAAAAAAAAAAAAGAAUAUUAUUGAACUUUCUCCUUUUGAUUUUCUAGUGCUUCUACCACUAUGACUACUAUGACAAUUUCUUCUAUUGGCUUUGCUUCGAUGACUUUUAAUGUUACUUGUGGCUACGGGCUUUCCUCUGUUUCGUGCACUGAUGCCGUUCGCUUCUUCGUCCACUGGGUUCGCUGGUUGGGGGUCCUUUUUACUAACUAUCCUAGAAUCGUAGACUUGACGUCUUUAUGUGUGUUUUCUUUUUUCCCCCCCAGCACAAACAAAAGAGCAAUGGGUACUUAUAUGGUCUGAUCCAUUUUGUAUAACUCUCUGUCUCUCUCAAGAAAAAAAACAAAACAGAAAAGGAACAAAAAAACCCAUCAAACCAACCAAGCCACCCGGUACUUUUCUUUUUUCCCCAUUGUUUUUGGUUGUCAAGGGAUCAACGGGCUGAUAUACAUGUAUGGGAAUCGAAGGCUUUCGGCUUGUUUCAUGUAUCACAGAUUUGUAUGAUGUUCUCUGUAGGACUUAAUUAUGGACUCUGAAUAUUUGCACUUAUGUACUUGAUACCGAAUGCAGAAAUAAAUGUGACUAAAUGUUAA